UUCCAGGGUCAUAUGGUAGCUGUUUUUUAAGGAACCUCCAUACUGUUCUCCAUAGUGGCCUUACCAAUUUACAUUUCCACCAACAGUGCAGGAGGGUUCCCUUCUUUCCACAUCCUCUCCAGCAUUUGUUGUUUGGGGAUUUUUUAUUUUUAAUUUUUACUUUUCCUGGUUGUGUCACACAGCUUGCGGGAUCCUGAUUCCCUCACCAGGGACAACCCUGAGUCCCCUGCAGUGGAAGCAUGGAGUCCUAACCACUGAACCACCAGGGAAGUCUCUAACGUUUUUUAUCAAUGUUGAACAUCACAUAAGUGGAGACAUAUAGUAUGUAUUUUUUCAUAUAUGAUUUCUUUUCCCCAAUUUAUUUACCUUUUUUUAACUUUGGAUUAUAAACACCUUGCCUAAUUGUCAUUUGUGUCUGCUUCAUCUUUUAUUUUGGAUAAACUUUAAUGACAGCCAGAGACUUCAAGUCCACACUAGUGAGUGAAGCUGUGCCUAUGUAUUUAAGACGAGAAAAAGCCUCCCAGUAAUUUAUUGGAACGUCACAGAAUCCGUGCCUUUUGGUUAUCAUAAGGCAGAGAGUAGUUGAAUUUCUCAGGAAUCCAGAUUGUCAAUUUUUCAAGCUGUAUACCUCUGGAUAAGUUGCCUCAUCAUUCAAACGUUCCUAGGAGGAUUAAGUAACACGUAAAGACAUGUAAAAAGGGAAGGGUACACAUAUUUCAAGUGUUGUUUUGAUGUUGGGUUUGUCUUGGAAGUCUCAGGUGAUGAUGAUUUUUGAUUCUUCAGAAUGAUCUAUUGGAGCUCAGAGACUUGAUGUAAAAUCCCUCAAGUCAAGGAAAACCAUAUUAUUUUUUGUUGGGGGAGGCAGAAAAAUAUGCAUUGUUGGGCACCGAGAUUUAGAAGAGUAGCUAUAGGUUUUCUUGGUUCUUGUAGGAUCCCUAUGGUGUGGCUUCCUGCAGGAGGCAGAAUUUCCAGAGCUAGGAAAUUGGAUUUCCAGAGUUAUUCCUACAGUGAGGGGAGCUAGUUUUGGGUGAACACGGUAAUUCUAUUCAACAAGCAAGAGAAAAGCUCAUCCUUCUUGUUCAACCUGCCACUAGCUGUCUUAACAGGAAAGAUGAACACAAGGGGAAUUACAGGCUCUGAGGGGAAGCACUCAAGAUAUAAUUAGUGAGCCAGGUCCCACUAAACUUGACGGAGUACCUAGGGGGAACAGCGUUGUGGAUCAUUCCAGGCAUGGGCAACCUAUGGGAGAAGAGCUGCUUGGAUGGACCUUCAGUAUCUCAGUUUUCCCUUGGUUUGGCUUGGAUAUUGGUGGAACCCUGGUCAAGCUGGUUUAUUUUGAACCCAAAGACAUCACUGCUGAAGAAGAAGAGGAAGAAGUGGAAAGUCUUAAAAGCAUUCGGAAGUACCUGACCUCCAAUGUGGCUUAUGGGUCCACGGGUAUUCGGGACGUGCACCUGGAGCUGAAGGACCUGACUCUGUGUGGACGCAAAGGCAAUCUGCACUUUAUACGCUUUCCCACUCAUGACAUGCCUGCUUUUAUUCAAAUGGGCAGAGAUAAAAACUUCUCGAGUCUCCACACUGUCUUUUGUGCCACUGGAGGUGGAGCAUACAAAUUUGAGCAGGAUUUUCUCACAAUAGGUGAUCUUCAGCUUUGCAAACUCGAUGAACUAGAUUGCUUAAUAAAAGGAAUUUUGUAUAUUGACUCAGUUGGAUUCAAUGGACGCUCACAGUGCUAUUACUUUGAAAACCCUGCUGAUUCUGAAAAAUGUCAGAAGUUACCAUUUGAUUUGAAAAAUCCAUACCCUCUGCUGCUGGUGAACAUUGGCUCUGGGGUUAGCAUCUUAGCAGUAUAUUCCAAAGAUAAUUAUAAGAGGGUCACAGGUACCAGUCUUGGAGGAGGAACUUUUUUUGGUCUUUGCUGUCUUCUUACUGGUUGUACCACAUUUGAAGAAGCUCUGGAAAUGGCAUCACGUGGAGAUAGCACCAAAGUGGAUAAACUAGUGCGAGACAUUUAUGGAGGGGACUAUGAGAGGUUUGGACUGCCAGGCUGGGCUGUGGCUUCAAGCUUUGGAAACAUGAUGAGCAAGGAGAAGCGAGAGGCUGUGAGUAAAGAGGACCUUGCCAGAGCGACUUUGAUCACCAUCACCAACAACAUUGGCUCAAUAGCAAGAAUGUGUGCCCUUAAUGAAAACAUUAACCAGGUGGUAUUUGUUGGAAAUUUCUUGAGAAUUAAUACGAUCGCCAUGCGGCUUUUGGCAUAUGCUUUGGAUUAUUGGUCCAAGGGACAGUUGAAAGCACUUUUUUCGGAACAUGAGGGUUAUUUUGGAGCUGUUGGAGCACUCCUUGAGCUAUUGAAGAUCCCCUGACUGUUACCUGGGGAGGGGUUCCUGGAACCUUCCACAAUGGGAUCUGUGGAUGGACUCUUUUUUUUAAGACUUACUCAGUUUUAUGAUUGUGUACUACCUGAAUCAAAGCGAGAAAGGACAAGUGUAUUUUUAUAAGUCAUCAAGAUAAAUUCUUAAAAAUUCAGUCUGAACUAAUAACCAGUAAGGAAAUAUAUAUGCAUUAAAAAAAAAAAGUGGACCAUGUCGGUGAGGAUUCUCUGUAUUUAAGUUGCUCUUCAGUAUAGCUUUGUUCAACGUGCUGUGUACUUUUGAAAUUCAGCAUCACUCAGUGGAGCCACUUCAGGAGAGAGCUGUUCUUUGUUCAGCUGGCUUUGGUUUUGUGUCCUGUUGAAUUUGGUAAAUAUAAGGCAAGCAACUCUGUAUUACAGUCUAAUCA